AUGAUUGAGCAGGCAGUGGGCUUGAAGGUGAUAGUCACUUUUAAUGUCGAAACCGAUCUGGAUGUUGCGAAUGGGGCAAGAGGGGAAGUAGUGGAAAUUGCGUUGGACGAGCGCGAGUCAAACUUUUUGUUGGCAAAAGCUGUUGUGUUGAACCGUACCAAAGCUAAAGUUCUGGGGAAUCUAGACUCCGGUGUUCUGCCAUUUGUCCCCAUGCAACGGACAUUCCGCAUAAUGAUUGGUGGCCGCGAAGAAGUUGUGACACAGAUGCAACUGCCAUUAACACCAGCAUAUGCAUUUACAGACUACCGAUUGCAAGGACAAACAAUCAGCAACGCGAUCGUUGAUAUUGCACAACCACCAAGUGGAAAACUUGCGCCAAUGUUGCGUUGUCAUGAGGGCAUGGACGAGAAAACAUCCGCCUUCUUCGAGACUUCGAUGAAAAGCUUGUCACCACUCAUUCUAAUGAGUACCUCAGGCUUGAAGAUAGACGUUUAUUAGAACUGGACGAGGUAACAGAGAGAUGGCGGGAACAAAGGAGGAAGCUAAUUUUGUAAGAAAUGUUAUUAUCAAUUGACA